AUGUACAGUGAUCCGUCGCGAAAUGGAUUCGUCUUUGAGCACUACUCGCAGUACACUCGUUUCGAUCAGAUGCGCUCCAUCUUCUAUGAGCACAUUGACGAGGACGAGUGUGGCGGACGGAAGACGAUCCAUCUGCUGGAGCGGUCCAUAUUCUCCAAUCGGUUCUGCUUUGUGGAGAACUUUUAUCAGAGCGGCAAAAUUCACAAGGCCGAGUACGCCAUUCUUGAUGAGUGGUUCAAGUACCUGAUGUCCCGGCCUGAAUGUCAGAUCAACAAGUUCAUUUACCUGCGCACUAGCCCGCAAACAGUCUACGAUCGCAUUCAAAAGCGUGCCCGAUCUGAAGAUGAACUAAUUCCGCUG